AGCGUUUUUACUGUCAUGUUUGGACAGCGAAGGAUUUUUACCAAACGUGGCCGAAACCAAGUUGGUAAAUUAGCUUAGCUGAAGGUGGUGGGAAAUCAUGUUGACAGCUGUGCUAAGCUAACUCGCUCGCGCAGGCUGCUCUGAAAGCCUUUCUUCCUGGUGGUGUUUGACGGACUAUGAGCUCUGGUAAAGCGUCGCACUACAACCACUUCUCAGGAGGUGCUUCAUCUACUGCAAACAUCAACAACGCCUGUUCAUCUGAUAUUAACAACACGAAACCAUUUCCCAUUCCGCAGCGUGAAGGAAUGGAGAACGCUUUCGGGCCGUCGUUUUCAGGAGUCGCCCCAGUUAGCAAAGCUGAGACAUCCGGUAAUUAUAAACAGCACCGUCGAACUCCUUCUACCUCCAGCACGCUGACUUUCUCCACUCGAGAUGAUGACGACGGCAUGCCACCCAUCGGUUCUUCACGUGGUUCGGACUCGGCCAUCUCCAUUCGCUCUCUUCACUCGGAGUCCAACAUGUCCCUGCGCUCAACGUUCUCCCUGCAUGAAGAGGAGGAGGAUACGGAUCCGCAGGUUUUUGCUGAACAGCCUUCAGUCAAACUGUGCUGUCAGCUGUGCUGUAACGUGUUUAAAGACCCCGUCAUCACCACAUGUGGGCAUACCUUCUGCAGGCGAUGUGCCUUAACCUCUGAGAAAUGCCCAGUGGAUAACUCGAAGCUCACCGUGGUGGUGAACAACAUUGCUGUGGCUGAGCAGAUCGGCGAACUCUUCAUUCACUGUAAAUAUGGUGUACGUCCCACCGCUUCAGGAAAACCAGUUGCCUUUGAGGUGGAUCCACUGGGCUGCCCCUUCACCAUCAAACUCAGCACCAGGAAAGAUCACGAGGUGAGCUGCGACUACCAGCCUGUGCGCUGCCCGAAUAAUCCCAACUGCCCUCCACUGCUCACUAUGAACCUGGAGGCUCAUCUGAAAGAGUGUGAACACAUCAAGUGCCCACAUUCAAAAUACGGAUGCACGUUCAUUGGGAAUCAGGAUACGUAUGAGACGCACCUGGAAGCGUGUAAGUUCGAGGGGCUGAAGGAGUUCCUGCAGCAGACAGACGAUCGCUUCCAUGAGAUGCAGGUGACUCUGGCUCAGAAGGAUCAGGACAUUUCCUUCCUACGCUCCAUGCUGGGCAAAUUGUCAGAAAAACUCGACCAGCUCGAGAAAAACCUGGAGCUUAAAUUUGAUGUGCUGGAUGAGAACCAAAGUAAACUAAGUGAAGAUCUGAUGGAAUUUCGUAGAGACGCCUCAAUGCUUAACGAUGAGCUUUCACAUAUUAAUGCCAGGCUUAACAUGGGCAUCCUCGGCUCCUAUGACCCUCAGCAGAUCUUUAAGUGUAAAGGCACGUUUGUGGGUCAUCAGGGUCCCGUGUGGUGUUUGUGUGUUUACUCCACUGGCGACCUCCUCUUCAGCGGCUCCUCAGACAAGACCAUCAAGGUUUGGGACACCUGCACCACAUACAAGUGCCAGAAAACUCUGGAGGGCCACGAUGGCAUUGUGUUAGCGCUGUGUAUUCAGGGGAAUAAGUUGUACAGUGGCUCAGCAGAUUGCACCAUCAUUGUUUGGGACAUCCAGAACUUGCAGAAAGUGAACACAAUCCGUGCACAUGAUAAUCCAGUGUGCACACUUGUUUCCUCGCACAACAUGCUCUUCAGUGGAUCACUCAAAGCAAUUAAGGUGUGGGACAUUGUGGGCACGGAGCUGAAACUGAAGAAAGAGCUCACUGGUCUGAAUCACUGGGUGCGAGCUCUGGUCGCAUCUCAGAAUCACCUGUAUAGCGGAUCCUACCAAACCAUUAAGAUUUGGGACAUUCGUUCUCUUGAGUGCGUCCAUGUCCUCCAGACUUCUGGGGGCAGUGUUUACUCCAUCGCUGUCACCAACCACCACAUAGUUUGCGGCACGUACGAGAACCUCAUCCACGUGUGGGAUAUCGAGUCUAAAGAGCAGGUGCGCACACUAACGGGACACGUCGGGACGGUUUACGCUCUGGCUGUCAUUUCCACUCCGGACCAGACUAAAGUGUUCAGUGCCUCCUACGAUCGCUCACUUAGGGUGUGGAGUAUGGACAACAUGAUUUGCACUCAGACUCUGCUGCGCCAUCAAGGCAGCGUCACCGCGCUGGCAGUCUCUAGAGGGCGCCUGUUUUCCGGAGCCGUGGACAGCACUGUGAAGGUGUGGACCUGCUAAAUGAUGAACAAAUGAAGAACAUCUAAAAAUCACACGACGGACCUUUAGUGACUUCCAGCGUUGUGUAAAAAAACUGAAUACGUGGUGAAGUUGCAUCACGUUUAAAGAUACCAGCCUGAGCAGGAGUGACCUUCCCCCCCCCCCCCCCGUUUUGAUCCGGGACUGCGGCGUCGCCUUAAACCGCUCCGAAUGACCAGCGUGUAAUAGUCAGCAGUGACGGGACUCGAUAUACGGUUCUGUAUAUAGACAAUUUCACUCAGUUAAAACGGUGGCUUUUCUGAACAGCAAGCCAUGACGUGAUGAAUCUUGUCUGAGAUGCCUUCUCUACUGGGACUCCGCAAUUAGAUCAUCUGAACUGACCACCUUAACUUUUCUCCGAUAACAUUUUCAGCUGUUUAUGGAGCAUACUGUAUGGGUCAGGGAACAGAGCUUCAAUUAAUAAUAAUAAUAAUAAUUCAAUUGCUUCUAGAUUGAAUUGUGUUAUGUCGAAGUGCUCGCUACAUGAGAUUAGCCCUUGAUUUUGUGCUUCUCCUUAUUAACCACGUGUUUACACUGGCAGCCGCGACAAAAGCGGGCGAAAGUCACGUGCGGUCAUGAUGCAGGGUUAGUGUUCGACACGUCAGAGAACGUUUGAACAGCUAGAUAUGCCGUGGCAUUUUCCAGCAUGUGGGGAAAAAACGGAUAAUAAAAUCUGGGCAUGUGAGCACAGUGUGAUUUAACGAGCUAAAGGGCAGAGAUCGUGGUGAAGGACACAGAGGUCUGCACAGAACAGGAAAUAGAGGGAGCAGGUGUAGCAACGACUACAUCAGAUUGCUCAUGCUCCAUCUCAGCAAAGUCAUAUGAUCAAGUUAACAGCUAAUCAGUAUUCACUGUCGUCUAAGUGGAGGAGGGAAAAAAAACGAGUAAAACCUGUUUAUAUGAUGCUAUUUCACAGGUUUUUCCCUACGAGCAGCUUUAUGACUAACAUUCGAUAUUGCCAAGCGAGAGAUUUUUAAAAACAUUUUUUAUUGUAUAUACUUAAUCACCUAAUUAAUCAACAGCACACCCUGUUGAUGGAAAACAAGGACUAGUUUUCAGUGCGUCAUUGUCCACUUCCUAGUAACUGAGUCCACUUCGCCAUCCAUCUUCAUCAGCUCGAAUGAAGUAGAUGAGGGAUCAAGUGAAUAUCACUCUAGACUGCUGUUUCUUUUUUUGAAAUGGUGGAUGAAGCUGUUUAUACAUGAAAACAGGAGCAAUAACAUACUUCAUAAAGGAUUUAUUUUUUUCUGAAUCACUCUGCCUCCUAUACAAGCCCUGCAUGCAUUACUGCAGUUAAACUUGUGUCGCUAGCUAAACAUUCUUCUGUAUAGCUAGCAGAGAAGCGAGUGAGCGAACUGACUAACACGCGUCCGUUAAUGUUGCUAGUGCACUCUCACGAUGUAAGAUUUUGUCUGGGGAAGUCAGUGAGGGUGUGUAAAGCAGUAUUGAAACACUGAGUCUUUUAACUGUUAACCCACAUUAUGACUGUAUUACAGCAGCUCCAGCUUUGGUGUGUGUAUGUAUGUAUGUAUGUAUGUAUGUGUGUGUGUGUGUGUGUGUGUGUGUGUGUAUAAUGCAGAAUACACACCAGAACAGGUCCUACUGUCUGGGUGUCUCACCAAGAACUGCACUGGUGUUUUAUUCAGUCACACAUGCACUCCUAAUAUUAUAGUGUUAAUCAUUGUUGACUCAGUUAUUCCACUCCAUUGUGUUAUUGUACCUACUGCUCUCGGCCAAUCAGAAGUCACUGUACUGAAGUAAACAGUAGACCAGUGAUGAUCUUAAAUUUCCAUCGUCAUUGAUAAUUGCCUACAUUUUUAUCAUGGGUCAUGACGUCAUCACAAUAUUGAAUAAACUGUUCUGAUGAAUGUC